CUGGGCAUCCUUCUGGCCGGCUACGCCGACCGGCUGUGGCCCCCGCGGCGGGCCGCCCCGCUGGCCGAGCCUCCCGCCGCCCCCCCGGCCGCGGACGAAGCCCCGGUGCUCAGGCGGCGGCGGCGGUCCAGCUCCAUGAUCUCCCCCGAGAUGUCGGGCGGCGGCGGCAGCGGCAGCAAGACCCACCGGAGGACCUCGCUGCCCUGCAUCCCCCGGGAGCAGCUCAUGGGGCAUUCUGAAUGGGAUCACAAACGAGGACCCAGAGGCUCACAGUCUUCUGGCACCAGCAUCACGGUGGACAUCGCUGUCAUGGGAGAAGCACACGGGCUCAUCACAGACCUCCUGGCCGAUCCUUCGCUGCCCCCCAACGUCUGCACCUCGCUGAGAACAGUCAGCAACCUGCUCAACACACAGCUGACCUUCCAGGCCAUCCACAAGCCAAGGGUGAAUCCCUUGGUGUCCUUCAGCGAGAACUACACCUGCUCCGACUCAGAGGAGUGUCCGGAGAAAGGAGAGAAGCUAGCAAUUCCCAAGCGCUUACGGAGAAGUUUGCCUCCAGGACUGCUGAGAAGAGUGUCCUCAACCUGGACCACAACGACAUCAGCCACAGGAUUGCCCACUCUGGAGCCAGCUCCAGUGAGGAGGGACCGCAGUGCCAGCAUCAAACCCCACGAAUCUUCUUCAUCCAGCUCUGACUCCUGGAACAGCUCCAUUCUGAUGACAAUCACGAAGAGUAGGUCCUUCUCCACCUCCUACGCCGUGUCCUCUACCAACCACCUGAAUGCCAAAAGGCAGAGCCGGCAAGGUAUCCCACCAAAUAUUUCACCUCUCACCUCCCCGUGCCAUUCACCGAUUCAGGGGACGCCAGCCACGAGUCCUACUGGAAAAACAUCUUCUGUGUCAUUUCCAGAGCCUACAGACACUGACACCAAGCAGGGCCUAAAGCCACACAAAGUCUUAACUUCUACUCAGAGUGCACCUAGCCUGUCAGACCCUGUUAUCAGCCCCUCCAUCAUCUGCAGCAGCUGUGGCAGACCCUACAACCAAACAGAAGCUGGCAAUGGGACACUAAAUAGAAAUGAUGCUACUACGCACACCCUGAACAGAACAGAUGAUGCUGCUCAAGCCACUUCUGACUACGAGACCAACAACAGCGACAGCAGUGACAUCGUGCAGAACGACGACGACACGGAUUGCUCCAAGGAGCAGCCACGGAAGGGAUCUGGCUGUAGGUCCUACACACCCGAGACCAUCAUCCUGCAUCCCUUGACACCACCUGAGGACAAGCCUGUACUGGCUCCUGAGCCUCUGGUUAUGGACAACUUGGAUCCCUUGAUGGAGCAGCUAAAUAGUUGGAACUUCCCAAUCUUUGAUUUGGUGGAAAAAAUUGGGAAGAAAUGUGGUCGGAUUCUCAGUCAGGUAUCAUACAGGCUUUUUGACGACAUGGGGCUGUUUGAAACCUUUAAAAUACCAGUGAGGGAAUUUAUGAACUACUUUCAUGCCUUGGAGUGUGGAUACCGAGAGAUACCUUAUCACAACCGAAUCCAUGCCACUGAUGUUCUACACGCCGUGUGGUACCUCACAACCCAGCCCAUCCCAGGACUCCCAACUGUGAUCAAUGACCACGGCUCAGCAAGUGACUCAGAUUCUGACAGUGGAAUCACUCACGGCCACAUGGGAUAUGUGUUUUCAAAGACAUACACACCUACAGACGACAGCUACGGAUGCCUGGCUGGCAACAUCCCUGCCCUGGAGCUCAUGGCUCUUUAUGUAGCUGCAGCCAUGCAUGAUUAUGAUCACCCAGGAAGGACCAAUGCCUUCUUGGUAGCAACGAGUGCUCCUCAGGCGGUGCUGUACAACGACCGCUCCGUGCUGGAGAACCACCACGCUGCUGCUGCCUGGAACCUCUUCAUGUCCAGGCCAGAGUACAACUUCCUGGUCAACCUGGACCACGUGGAGUUCAAGCAUUUCCGCUUCCUCGUCAUCGAGGCCAUUCUGGCUACUGACCUGAAGAAGCACUUUGAUUUCGUUGCCAAGUUCAACGCCAAGGUGAACGACGAUGUUGGAAUUGACUGGACCAACGAGAACGACCGCUUGCUGGUUUGUCAGAUGUGCAUCAAACUGGCUGACAUCAACGGGCCUGCCAAGUGCAAGGACUUGCACCUGCAGUGGACAGAAGGCAUCGUCAAUGAGUUUUAUGAACAGGGUGAUGAAGAGGCCAGCCUGGGCCUGCCCAUCAGCCCUUUCAUGGACCGCUCCGCUCCUCAGCUGGCACACCUCCAGGAAUCCUUCAUCACUCACAUCGUGGGACCACUCUGCAACUCCUACGACUCAGCAGGGCUGAUGCCAGGAAAAUGGAUAGAAGAGAGUGACGAGUCAGGAGACACUGAUGAGCAGGAAGAGGAGGAAACGGCAGAAAUGGAAACUUGUGAAAACGCCGAAUCCAGAAAGAAGAAGUUCAAGAGGAGGAAAAUCUACUGUCAGAUCACUCAGCACCUGCUUCAGAACCACAAGAUGUGGCAGAAAGUGAUUGAGGAUGAGGAGAGGUUAGCUGGGUCAGAGAAGCAAGGCACGGAGCAAUCCCCACUGCACCAAUCUUCAGAACAAAUCCAGGCCAUCAGGGAAGAGGAGGAAGAGAAAGGGAAGGCCAAGAAGGAUGAAGAGGAGAACACAACUGUAGAACCAAACCAAUGACAAUAUUUACAGCAGUAUUUUAAGACAGAUUGACUCGUGCACAGACUCUUUCUCAAGCCAGCACAGCAUUUAGACACAACACUGUAGAAGUAUGGGAUAAUGCGCCUACAGCUGUUUAAUUUGUUUCUCUUUCCUUUUUAUGGUGAGGUACAUUGUUUAAACUCCUAUGCUCAAGGAAGCUUUCACACUGCAACACCGGCUUUACAGACUUUCUUUGAAGAGAUUUGGGGGUGGGUGGAAUUAUAUAAAUAUAUAUAUAUUUAGCCAGGGUUAUUGGCUGCACACUUCAGCAAAAUACAUUUAAUGAUAUAUUAUGGUCACUGUGAUAUUUACAGGAGAAAGUUAUCUGAGGAAAUGCUGCUUCUGAAGCACAUUUGCAGUUAACAGUAAGGUACCAGUUAAGUAGCUUUUUGCUCUUAAUGCUGAGGGAUAAAAGUUCCAAAGCUUUAUAUGAAUGCUGAUAUAUCCUGCCAAACACAUAUGUGUGAGCGAGGGGGUGUUUGCAAGUGUGAGUGGAUGUGAGGAAAUACAGCAUGGUCUGAGUUCUUACCACACCAGCUGUAGCAUACAUCCCAGCACACCACAACAAACAGAAGGCCAGAACUGUAGAGAAUUCGUGCCUGCAAGGGAACAAUUUUGAGGAGCUUUGCUUUCCCACAGCCCUCCAAUCCCAGUUUGCACUCCAGCUGCGGGCAGCCUCCAUCCAGCAGCAGCCCAGGCGCUGCUCUGGCCCUACCCAGCUGUGCUGGCAUCACCUCCUCCUCCUCCUCCUCGGCACCUCCCGGACUGCUGGCGAAAGGGACGUGCCAGGAGGGUUUUUGGCAAAGGGGGGAAGUGCAUGGCACAGCAAUCUGUGCCCCUGGAGAAGGCUGGCCCUGCCUGCACUCGUGCAGGGUGGACGGCGGCGCGGGGGCGCGCGGCCCUCUUCUGCCCUCACCCCCUGCCUCUGGGCAUCUCUGACCAAAUGUGUCAUUGGAGAACAAAGCUAAACUGCUGGGAGAGAAAAGAAGGGAAUGUGGGGGCCAGGGCCUUCCCCAGAAGAAGGCAAAGGGUGCAUUAGGAGCUGCAGGGUGCCAGUCCUGCGUGGGCUGGGCACUCGGUGUCCCAGGACCUCACAUGGGCUUCAGAGAACCUGGGUUUUCAGUGUGAGGUGCUGCAUGGGAGCAGUUUGUUGCUGGCAUUCUGCUUAGGAGCAGCAUGUUUGAUCCCACCAAUAUAUUUUUCCUUCUUUCUUUUCUUUUUUUUUUUUUUUUUUUUUUUUUUUUAA